UCAUAUUUUGCCUGCUGGAAAAGGCACAGCCGGAGCUGUCGGGCCCCUGCAGAUGGAGCACCCUGGGCAACCAAUUGAGCACGAAGCAUUAACUUGAGGUCGUUGAGCACCCCUCAUACGCAGUGAGCAGCAAGCAGAUCCAGCAACUGCUCUACAUAUCUGCAAGGGGCCGGGCUGCCAACUGACUGCGUGAUCUCCAUGGAGAGGCGACCCCUUGUGACCCCGCUCACAAUGCUACGCGCCUCACACCUUGCAUAAUCAUGCCUUCCUCCUUUGUCCGCCUCGCCGAUGCCCCGAGGAAAGGAAAAUCCAUCAAAUCCGCCUUCGAGAGCGAAAGUUUCGAUGCCGACGUGACGAUCCAUGUUGAUGGCCUGGUCGGCUCGGCGACCAUCUCGCCGUGUGGGCGGGAUGUGGCCCUUGCGUCCAGGGCCAUUACGGACAUUAACUUUUCCGCCCACCACCCGGACUCUCUGGCGACAUGUUCCGUGGACGGCUACGUCUACUGCUGGGAUCUUCGGAGGCCGAGGCAGCCCGCGCUCGCCUUUUGCGACUGGUUCGCUGGUGCUACUCAAGUCAAGUACAACCGCCAGGAUCCCUACGUUCUGGCCUCCGCCCACGACCGCUGGCUUCACAUAUGGGACACCAGGCGCGCCGUGGAGCCUCUCAAGACCAUCAGCGCCCACACGUCCAAGAUAUACGGCAUCGACUGGAAUCGCACAAAGUCCACCUGUGUCGUGACGUGCUCGCUCGACAAGAGUAUCAAGUUCUGGGAUUAUGGCCAAGAUGACGAGACACCCCAGCGGGUAAUCCGCACCGAUUUCCCCGUAUGGCGAGCCCGGCACACUCCUUUUGGAUACGGUCUGCUGGCAAUGCCCCAGACAGAGCCGGGAAAUCUGUAUCUGUACGAUCAACGCGCCGGCCCCGAAACACCCGUGGACGGCGCCGUACAGCCCACUGCCGUCUUUCCUGGCCAUGGCAGUCACAAGGCCAAAGAAUUCCUCUGGAGAAGCCGCGGCGGCGUCAGCAACGAGGGCAUAGACAACCGCGAGUUUCAGUUGGUCUCCUGGGGCGAGGACAAGGAGCUCCGGCUUCACAAGGUUGAGCCUGAGCUUCUCGAGUCCGUGGGUCACGUCCGAGGGACCCCGCUGAUGGAGAACUUGAAUGUCACUCGAAGGGGUGCCACGUACAAGACGUUCCGCACCGUCAACGAUGCUAUCCACCGCGAUCGCAGGAUUCCCACCAUGAGCGAUCGCCCCGGCAGUGGCGGACAGUUCCGCCAGAGCGCUCUGAGCAUCGGCCUCAACUCGAGUCUCCGUCGAGUGGGCCCCUCGUGGAGGCCCACGUCCAUGAAGGCAAAAACGAACACAAGCAGGCACGUGGACAAGACUCAGCUUCAAAUUGGGUGGAUGAAGGGCAUCAGCAUGUCGAAGAGGAAGCCGAGCUCCGACUCGCCCGGUCGGGUGCAUUCGAGCCUGUUCAGCCCGGGCUUCGAUGCGGGCUGGGGCGAGCCUGAAGCCAUUCAGGAUGAGUUCUUGCGGAUCAGCAACCAGCUGCCCAACGUGAAGUGGGACAACAUCGACAUGGAUUCUCUCACCCUGAACGCUUCUCUGAAGGGACCAUGGGGCGUAAAUCGAGAAACUAUCUUCAUCAAGGUCAGGGUAGACAUUCCUACCGGUUACCCAAAGACCAAGGCCCCGAGAUUCUACGUUGAAAAGUCUUCGUUUAUGCCAGAGGAGACCCACCGCAAGAUCGAGCUUGAGCUGUACGAGCUUGCAAAUCGCUUCCUGCAGCGGAAGCAGAACUGCCUUUACAUGGCCUUCUCGUACCUGCUGGGCGAGACCGACCUGGAGUCCAGUACCGCCUUCUUCGAAAACGUGCGGGAUCUGGACGAUGACCUGGAUGCGCUAGCCGAUGAAAGCUCCAGCGAGGAGGACGAGAACGACAUUCCCACCGGCGGCUCGGCGUCCAUGUCGCAGGAGCUGAGCGCCAGCACCGAGCUGGACCCUUCUGCAACCCUGGCCUCGGCUCAGCGCCAGGCCGUUACUCCACUGCCUGUGUAUUGCGGCGCCAGGUUCUCCAAUGACGGUCGCCUGACUCGACGUCAUCGACCGACUCUGAACCCACGACGGUGCACAAGAUCGAUCUAUGGUACCAGCCCGGGCGCCGGUUCCGCAAGAGCUGGAGCGCGAACGAGUCCGCACGGUCCAGCGGCGGCGGUACCGGGACCGGUGCCGGAACGGGGACCGGCACAGGGACCAGCCGGAGGCGGCCGAGCAAACCGAAGAACAUCAUCACCAUAUAUAACCUGCAAAGCGAAAUCCCCUCAAAGAAACAGUUCGCUCAGGAGUACGCCAUUUUUGGCGAUGGGGCCGAUGUACGACAGCCAGGCCACAACCCCCGGAUCCAACCUCGCCGGCCGGGUCAGAUGGGGUUACCACCCUCUGGCCCGGGACUUGAUCAACGAUCUCUUCGACUAUUACGAGAAGAUCGCCGACAUCCAGAUGUUGGCGAUGCUAGCCUGCAUCUUCGGUGAUUACUCUAUGGAGGAGGAGGCCGCCAUUGCAGCUUCGCAUCUUCCGCAACCCAAGACGCCGCUGCCGAUGAAAGCGCCUUCGUUCUCGCUCGAGUAUUUCCCGACGGACCCGGCACUCUGGAACCUGAACUACAGGAGCCAGGCCAGCUCGGCCAUCACGACCCCUAGGACGGCCAACACGCCGGCACUGUACUCCGACCCGCCGAGCUCAGACGAGACGGCCGGGUUCGCCGAGCCCAGGUCGCACCACUCUUACUCAUGCGGAGAAACGCCACCGAAUGCUUCCCGAGAGCACCUGCGCGAGGUCAGCCAGACGCAGAGUCUAUCCACGUCCCCCAGCAACAGGCUGUUCCACCGCUCCAACUCAACUGUUGCCGCCGCGAUCGCUGCUAGUCUUCCGAGAGCACUUGCCGGCAUCGUUUCGGGGUCCCCUCCAGAUCCCAUCCGAAAGCGGCCGAGCCCUGCCGAGGCUAUGCUGAACGCUCUUACUCCUCACGCACUUGUGUGGGCAGGUUCAAGCACGUCCGGUGCUGGUCCUGACACCCCUGGGACGUCGAGGACGUCUUUCUCUGACGACGAGCCCUUGAAAGACGAUCUGAUGGCCAUGGUCCCGAUAGCUGUCUCCUGCGUCCCGGAAAACCAAGGCCUCUUCGACGACGACGGUUGGAUAUCGGGCCCCUUAAUCGAUCGCAGUCGCUUCAAAUUGUACUCCAACUACCGCUACGCCUACGCCGAGAUGCUUCAGAUGUGGGGUCUGCCCCUAUCCCGCCUCGAGAUUAUGAAAUUCGACGUGCUCAAAGAAGACGCGCUGUCCCCCGCUGCAGCCAGCAAAGAAGGCUCAGUUCCCAACAACACGCCCCUUUACCCCACUGGCGCCGCCUCCCCGACCUCCCCGUUCGUCGACCGCCGCAGCAUGUUCCAUGAACUCGCCACUUCCGGUCGUGGCCUUGACGUGACGGGCUUCUGUCGGGUGCACCCAGGCGUGCCGCUCGAACCUGUAGAGUACCUCCGCCCAACAAACCCGAACCUCGGCUACGGCAGCAACCCACAAGUUGUGAACGGCUCCAACGGCGUCUGCCACCGCUGCAGCGCCGAGCGCGACGGCGCCGACCUCGUCCCGCAGACGGAAAUGCGGUGCGUCUACUGCUGGGAGCCCGUUACCGGCCUCUUCGCGCCCUGCCUCUCGUGCGGGUGCGUCUCGCAUGAGGCAUGCCUCGCCGACUGGCAUGCCAUGGGCGGCGGCGAGUGCCCCGCCGGGCAUGACUGUUAUUGUCUCGAGGACGCCAGCAACGCGACGCCGGACAGCUGGGCCGGGCUGCAGGUGGCAGUCCCCAUUUGGUUUCACGGAGACGUUGAGCGGGUCGGGCCCACCGGUCAGACGCCACGGUCAGGCACACCCACAACUAUCGCGAGCGCCAGGUCGGCGAGAUCCCGCCGCAAAUCCGCCCCUGCCGACGCCGCCCGGUUCCACAUGCUCCGCCGCACGCACACGGACUCGUCCGGAACAACGGGGACAGAGGGCUACGGCACGGAGGCCGUGCCUCACACCCGCCCGAGCCUCGGCAGAAACCCCGGCGGCGGCAGUUCCCGCCGACACAACAACAGCUACCGCGGCCACCGCCACGACAACGGCUACAACGACGACGACGACGACCUCGACCACCACAGCCACCACAGUCACCACAGCCGCAGCCACAGCAGCCACAGGAACAGGCCGGACCGCGACGGCGGCGGCGGGCUGCUGCUGGCGGGCGUCAAGCCGCCGCCGCGCGGCGAGGAGCCCGUCUCGGCGGCGCAGCUCAGCCUGGGGAAGAGGCUGAAGAAGCAGCUGGAGGAGUCCGGGCGGCCGGGGGUGCCGCGGAGGAACUCGGGCGGGUUGGCAAUGUGGAAGGCUGCGGGUGGGGGUGGAUGA